GUACUCUAAUUUUUCUUCUUCAGGAAGGUGGAAGGGUCCAGAUUCUGGACAAGGAAGAGAUUCAGCGAGUUGUCAGCUCCUGCAAUGACUUUGCUGAAGCAGAGAAACGAAAACUUGAAGCAGUUGCAAGAAUCAAUACAGCCAUUCGCCUGGGCAAUGCUUUGGAAACAGUGGAGGAGCUGAUGAACCCGGAGGCACAGCUGCCAAUUGUCUACCAAACUGCUGCCAACCUCUACCAGGCUGAGCUUUUCAGUUUGCAGCUACAAGGGGGACGGUCUGGACUGAGCCACGAGGAACUGAGUGUAGCUGUAGAGAUGCUGUCAGCUGUAGCAGUGCUGAAUGAAGUGCUGGACACCAAAGACCCACAGGCUGUGAUUGAGCAGCUAACAGACUCUCCUCUGGGCUUUACCAACAUAGACCAAGACAACCUUAACAGGUAUUCUGACAUGCUUAUCAAAGAGCGAGCUGAGGCGCUUUCCACAGGCCAAGAGUUUCUAACCUGGAAUGAUGUCCAGAAAUGCAUCGACACCGUGAAUGUUCAGGUCCAAGAAGAGCAUGAACGAAUCAUAGCCAUAGCUGAGAUCAAUGAGGCACUAAACUCAGGUGAUCAUGAGCAGACCCUUGCAGCCCUUCUCCUCCCUACAGCCAAGUUGUCGGGGGUGAACCCAGCCACAGCCAAACACUACCAUGAUGUCCUUCAAAAUACCAAACAACUUCUCUGCCAGAGCUCCGGUGAUGAAUCUGCAGUGCUGUGGCUGGACCAAAUCCAAGAGGCCAUACUGACAGCCAACCAGGAUGAAAAGGAGGCUCUCGCAUUGUCUGGAGCAGUAGCUCAUAUUAACAAGACAGUGAAUGAGGGGGACUCCCAGAAUACACUGGAGGCUUUGCAGGCUCCCAGUGUAGGGCUGAGAGCAGUUCUUCCUGAAUGUGCUGACACGUACCAAGAUGACCUUUCACAGAAACAAAGAGACGGUAAUGCCAAAGGCAGCACUGAUGGUGUGUGGGUAAAACACUGCAUCAAGGACAAAUAUGACUAUUUCUAUAACCUGGAAACUGAACAGGGCACCUGGGAGGAGCCUGAAGGGUUUGAACAGAACAGCGGACAUCUCAGUAAAGAAGAAAUCCAGAAUGUGGUGACCUGUGUGACUGCUGAGUAUAACAGGGAACAGCUAUGGCUGGCCAAUGAGUGCUUUGUGACCAAGCUGCAGGCGAGAGUCAGAGGUUACCUGGUCAGGAAGAAGCACGCCCAGAGAAUGGAGUAUCUGCAUCAGCAAGAACCACAUGUUAUAAAACUGCAGGCUUGUUGGAAAGGUUACAAACAGAGGAAAGUGUAUAAAGAGAGGAUGAACUUGCUUCAGAAAAAUGUUGCUUCCAUUGUCAAGAUCCAGUCUUUUGUAAAGAUGUGGAAAGCAAAACGUGAAUACAAUCAGAGGCAACAGUUCUUCAAAGAUCAUGAAAAAGAAAUUGUGAAAAUCCAAGCUUUUCUGAAGGCCAACAAAGCCAGAGAGGACUACAGGACGCUAACUGGAGCCAAGGAUCCUCCUCUGUCAGUGGUGCGUAAAUUUGUCCACUUGUUAGAGCAGAGCCCUCUGGAUCUACAGGAAGAGCAGGAAGUGACACGGCUUCGGGAGGAAGUAGUCACAAAGAUUCGCUCCAAUCAGCAGAUGGAGAAAGACUUGAACCUAAUGGAUAUAAAGAUUGGACUGCUAGUGAAGAACAGGAUCACUCUGCAGGAUGUCGUGUCCCAUAAUAAGAAAAUGAAGAGCAAGAAAAAUAAGGCGAGUAAAGAUGACCCAAUGGCAGGAGACAGACUCGGUAUUAAGGGCCUGAGUAAAGGCAAAAGACGGAAACUCGAGGCCUACCAACAUCUCUUUUAUCUACUACAGACCAAUCCAUCCUACCUGGCUAAGCUGAUCUUCCAGAUGCCCCAAAACAAGUCCACCAAGUUUAUGGACACUGUGAUCUUCACACUCUACAACUAUGCCUCUAACCAGAGAGAGGAAUAUCUGCUGCUCAAACUCUUCAAGACUGCUCUAGAAGAGGAAAUCAAUUCUAAGGUGGACCAGAUCCAGGACAUAGUGACAGGCAAUCCAACAGUUAUCAAGAUGGUGGUGAGCUUCAACAGAGGUGCACGUGGUCACAACACCCUCAGACAGCUGUUGGCUCCAGUCAUUAAAGACAUCAUUGAGGACAAGAGCUUGGGCCUCAACACAAACCCUGUUGAGGUCUACAAAGCCUGGGUCAACCAGCUGGAAAGUGCUACUGGAGAGGCCAGCAAGCUGCCUUAUGAAGUGACUCCUGAGCAGGCCAUGUCACAUGAGGAAGUACGCAACAGGCUGCAGGCUUCCAGUCAGACACUGCGUUCGGCUACAGAUAAGGUCCUGAACUCCAUUGUGUCCUCACUGGAUAAUCUCCCUUAUGGCAUGAGAUACAUAGCUAAAGUUCUGAAGAACAGCCUCCAUGAAAAGUUUCCAGAUGCCUCAGAGGAUGAGCUGUUAAAGAUUGUAGGUAACCUGCUGUAUUACCGCUACAUGAACCCAGCCAUUGUGGCCCCAGAUGGCUUUGACAUCAUUGACCUGUCAGCAGGAGGGCAGCUCCACCAAGACCAGCGGCGUAAUCUGGGAUCAGUGGCAAAGAUGCUCCAGCAUGCUGCUGCCAAGAAUCUGUUUGAGGGCGAGAAUGCACACAUGACGCCCAUGAACAACUACAUAUCACAGACAUAUGAGAAGUUUAGGUUAUUUUUCCAGUCGGCGUGUGAUGUCCCUGAACCAGAGGAGAAGUUUAAUAUUGACGAAUACUCGGAUAUGGUGAACUUAAGCAAACCCAUCAUCUACAUAUCAAUAGAGGAGAUCAUCAAUACACACUCGCUGCUUUUGGAACAUCUGGACGCCAUCUCUCCAGAACGCAAUGACUUGCUGCAUGAGCUGCUACAGGACCUCGGAGACGUCCCUGAUGUAGAGGCAUUGCUCGGUGAAGGAGCUGUUGACCCAAAUGAUCAAAAUAGGGAGAGUGCUCUGAGUCAGCUGGCGAAGACCGAGAUCUCCCUCACUCUAACCAGCAAGUUUGAGCUGCUGGAAGGAGAUGACAGAGACUUAAAGACCCUCAGUACAAAGACAAAAAAGCUGAUUGUGGAUGUGAUUCGGAUCCAACAUGGAGAGACUUUACCUGAUAUUCUUGAGACUCCAGCCACUGCAGCACAGGAGUCAGAGCAUACUAGGAUUGUUGAGCGCAGGGCAGUCCAGGAUGCUCAGACACCAGAGGGUCUGAAGAGCAGCCCAGCGCUUUUGGAGGACAGCCAGUUACCGCUCGAGCAGAAGAAGAGGAAGAUUAUCAGGAACCUUCGUAACCUGGAGCAAGCUGGCCUUGCUACUGCAAGUAACAAAUACCAGGACCUCAUCAACGAAAUAUCAAAGGACAUCCGAUACCAAAGGCGCUACAGACAGAGGAGGAAGGCCGAGCUCGUGAAGCUCCAGCAAACUCUGACUGCCCUUAACUCAAAAACUGCCUUCUACCAGGAACAGAUGAACUACUAUGAUGCCUACAUCAAGACUUGCCUGGAUAACCUAAACAGGAAGAAUUCACGCAGAUCUAUAAAACUGGACGGGAAAGGGGAAGAUAAGGGCAGUAAGAAGUGGAAGCCCCAGUCUCUGAAGUACACUGCAGCAAAACUGCAUGAGAAGGGAGUCAUCCUGGAGAUAGAGGGACUUCAGACAAACCAGUUCAAAAAUGUCAUGUUCGACAUUUCGCCCACUGAGGAAGUUGGAGACUUUGAGGUGAAAGCCAAGUUUAUGGGGGUCGAGAUGGAAAAAGUCCAGCUUCAUUUCCAGGAUCUCCUUCAGCUGCAGUACGAAGGCGUGGCGGUCAUGAAGAUGUUCGACAAAGCCAAAGUGAAUGUCAAUUUACUCAUCUUCCUCCUGAACAAGAAGUUCUACGGAAAAUAAAAACAGAGUUGGGAGAAACCUGGUCGUGCCUUUGGACUGUACUGAGUUUGUUAAACAGCACAAAAACGUCACACGGUGCCGUGGUUUGUUUCUUCUGCGUAUAAUUUGAUGGAUCGCACCAAAAUGAAACUUUAUCGUCCACUUUGUGUACCUAUAUUUUUUUUUCUUUCCCACGUGGUGAUUGUAAAGGUAAUGUAUUUUGAAGAAUUCAAUUGUGAUGUUCAUGUUCAAGUUUGAUGGAAAUGUCAGACGAACCAGUACAGUCUUAUUUCAGAAACUGGAGCGGCGCAGCCUGCAUGGCUGUAUGAAAUAAUAUAGUGCCUUUUUAAUGAAAGAAUUUAAAGACACGUGUUUUUAAUUAAUAAACAUUUGAACAUUUUAAAAGCUAUAUGUGAUGUAUUUUUAUAUGUAGUUGUUGCUAUAUAAUUGAUGUCUAAUGCUUAAACAAUAUUCAUAAUAAAUUGCACAUCCCAAA